UCUUUAGCAUAUUAAAGGGUAAAAGUAGAGAAGAAAAAAAGAAGAGAAGAAACCCAUAAAAGAGAGAAAAAGAAAAUGUCUAAAGUUACAAGCUUUUGCAUGAUCGCCUUCCUAGUACUUCUGUUGGCGGCGUCGCAGGUUGUUUCCCGGCCAGUCCCGGUGGCCACCUUCUCCGACGUCACUCCGGUGGAGACCAAUCAUGGGGACAAGAUGGCAGUGAGAGGAGGUGUGGAGGGAAGCUGUGCAGGGGAAGGAGAAGAAGAAUGCCUGAUGAGAAGGACGAUGGAGGCUCACAUUGAUUAUAUCUACACACAGAAGCAGAAGCAGCCAUGAUCAGAUCAAUCACAUUCACUAUUCAUAAAUAUAUGAAAAAUUUUAUAAUCUCGUGGGUUUUUUAAAAUUGUACCUUGCGUUUUGUAAG